AGGAAUUAAGACGAAAUUAGUUGAUCCAAAAAAGAAAUCAAGACGAAAUUAGGGUUUCGGCAUUUGUCUGCCCUGGUCACCACCGCUCUGGGCUAUUAAUCCGUGAGCUUCUUCUCGCCGUGCCGAAAAUUUCAGAUUCCCAUUUCUUGAGGUAGCCAUGGGUAAGGGUCCUGGUCUCUACACUGACAUCGGCAAGAGAGCUAGAGAUCUUCUGUUCAAGGACUACCACAGCAACCAGAAAUUCACCAUCACCACUUACUCGCCUAAUGGAGUUGUUAUAACAUCAUCAGGAACUAAGAAAGGUGACCUAUUCUUGGCUGAUGUUAAUACCCAGUUGAAGCACCGAAACGUCACCACUGAUAUUAAAGUUGAUUCUGAUUCUAAACUCUUCACCACAAUCACCGUUGAUGAGCCUGCUCCUGGCUUGAAGAGUAUCUUUAGCUUCAGAGUUCCUGAUCAAAGGUCUGGUAAGGUGGAACUUCAGUACCUGCACGACAAUGCUGGGAUAAGCGCAAGCGUUGGGCUAACAGCGAACCCAAUCAUCAACUUCUCAGGUGUUGUAGGAUCCAAUGUCCUUGCUAUCGGCACUGAUGUCUCAUAUGAUACCAAAAGUGGUGAUUUAACUAAAGUCAAUGCUGGAUUGAGCUUCACGAAGGCAGACUUUAUCGCUUCACUGACUGUGAAUGAGAAAGGCGAUGCUCUGAAUGCUUCUUACUACCAUAUGGUGAACCCCUUGACCAACACGGCUGUAGGUGCUGAUGUGACUCACAGAUUCUCAACCAAUGAGAAUACCUUCACUCUCGGUACCCAGCAUGCCCUGGAUCCAUUGACCACGUUGAAAGCUCGUGUCAACAACUCUGGCAGUGCUAGUGCCCUUAUCCAGCAUGAGUGGCGUCCCAAAUCGUUCUUGACCAUCUCUGGGGAGGUAGACACGAGAGCCAUUGAGAAGAGUGCCAAGGUUGGGUUGAGUUUGGCUCUCAAGCCGUGAGGGAUUUUGAGCUAUUCUGGCGAGAUCAGGAGGUGGGCACCAGGAGCACAUGGUUAUUUGCAAGCCAAUUUAUUUUCGGAGGUUGGUUUUCUUUUUGGACACAAAGUGUUCCUGGUGUUUCUUGCUCAUGAGUGUUUCAAAUUGGUAAAAAUAAUUAGUAGAUGAUUUAAUAAACCCGAUAUUACUCUUAAAUUUAGACAAGCUCUGCAAGCCUCUUAGACUGAGGAUAUUCUUUGAUGCUUGAAUUACAAGAUAUUUUGCCUUGUGAUGGCUUCUCUCAGCGUUAGCAAGUCUAGCGUGUUGAGGUCUGAUGUGA